AUGCCAGCCCCAUAUCUUCUACAUCCUCAACUCAAUCUCCUGUCCAACAUCACUCAGUUCAGUCCCAUGUUCUACCUCACAGGUUUUCCUGAAUUGGAAACCAUUGAACACUGGAUUUUCAUCCCCUUUUUCUUCAUGUAUCUAAUGGCCAUCUCGGGCAAUUGUUUCAUUCUGAUAAUUAUUAAGACCAACCCUCGUCUACACACACCUAUGUACUAUUUACUAUCUUUGCUGGCCCUCACUGACUUGGGACUCUCAGUGUCCACCUUGCCCACCACUAUGGGGAUCUUUUGGUUCAAGUCUCAUAGUAUUUACUUUGAAGCCUGUCAAAUCCAGAUGUUCUGCAUCCACUCCUUUUCCUUCAUGGAGUCUGCAGUGCUCCUUGUCAUGUCCUUUGACCGCUUUGUGGCCAUCUGCCACCCACUGAGAUACACAGUCAUCAUCACUGGUCAGCGAGUGGUCAGGGCAGGACUGAUUGUCAUCCUUCGGGGACCUGUGACCCUUCUUCCCAUUGUCCUCUUGCUGAAGGCUUUCCCCUACUGUGGACCUCUAGUCCUCUCGCACUCAUUUUGCUUACACCAGGAAGUGAUACAUUUUGCCUGCGUAGACACCACCUUCAACAACCUGUAUGGGCUGACACUGGUGGUGUUCACUGUGAUGUUGGACCUGGUGCUCAUUGCAUUGUCGUAUGGAUUCAUCCUGCACACAGUAGCAGGACUGGCCUCCCAGGAGGAGCAGCUCCGAGCCUUCCAGACAUGUACAUCACAUCUCUGUGCUGUGCUAGUAUUCUUUGUGCCUAUGAUGGGGCUGUCCUUGGUACACCGCUUUGGGAAGCACGCCCCACCUGCUGUGCACCUUCUUAUGGCCAAUGUUUACCUCUUUGUGCCUCCUAUGCUUAACCCAAUCAUAUACAGUAUUAAGACCAAGGAGAUCCGCCGUGCCAUUAUCAAGCUCCUAGGCCUUAGAAAGAUCAAUGCUAAGUCCUGGGGCUAA